ACCCCUGCAAACCCCUAACCUCUCUCUCUCUCGGAAACAAGGACCAAAGGAAAAAGUCCAUCCAUGGCUGCUCGCCUGGCCCUCCGUCUCAGAUCUCAUCUCCUCCGCACCACUCCCAUCACCACAACCACCACUAUCUUCCGCCGCCACUCCAUCAUCCAAUCUCCACCGUCGAUCCUCUACCGGCUAUCCGCCCACCAUCCGAUCCCCAAAGAUUUCACGUCCCCUCUCCGAUUCCUCUCCACCGCCCGGAGAAUCCCCAAACGAGCAAAGACCGUCGACAUCGGGGCGCGAGCCCGGCAGAUGCAGACGCGCCGCCUCUGGACCUACGCCCUCGCCUUCAGCUGCGUCGCCGGAUUCAUUGUUGUUAUCCUCAACGCCUUCCAAGACCAAAUGGUCUUCUACGUAACUCCGACCGAAGCCCUAGAGAAGUACUUCUCAAACCCUAGCAAGAACAAGUUCAGGCUCGGCGGCUUGGUCCUCGAGGGGAGCGUCGUCCACCCGGCGUCCUCGCCGGAGAUCGAGUUCGUCGUCACCGACCUCAUCACGGAUAUUCUGGUCAGGUAUGAUGGCGCGUUGCCGGACUUGUUCAGGGAAGGCCACUCGGCGGUGGUGGAAGGGUUCGUGAAGCCGAUCACGGAUGAGAUUCGGAGCGAAGUGCCGCCGAAGAAUGUUUCCGAGAAGGCGAGGAGCAAAGAUUGUUUCUUCGUGGCGACUGAGGUUUUGGCGAAGCACGACGAGAAGUACAUGCCAACGGAGGUCGCGUCGGCGAUUGAGAAGAACAAGAAGAAGAUCAAGGCGGGCGAGGCCGGUGCGGCAGAGUUUAAGCCGUCGUAGAUUGAUUGAGAUCAAAAGUUGACUUGUAAGAAUAAAUUGCUAGAGGGAGAAGGGGAAAGUGUUGGGUGUUCAAAAUCAACGCUUGACAUUUUAGGAUAGCUGUGAUUAAGAGUGUGGAAUUUGAACCUCUUCCGGCACUUGUCCAUCCGCUCGAGUGAUGGCAUCCGUUGUCCCCAACUAGCACACCGGAGCUUCAGGUUUUAAAAAAGUAGGUGUUUAGCUGUACUCUCUUCUAUACGUCCAAGCGGCACUGUGGCUUCUGUGAGUUUUUUCGUACAUGGAACAGCCUCUACACUGGAUACUGAAUUUGUGGCCAUUAGAACUACACAUGACUGCAAUUUUAUCUACAACCUGAGGCAUACUUCAUCAAUCCUAUUAAACAAGCAAUUUUUCGGCUUUCCAAACAGGAACUCGCUUUUGCCAAUGAUAUAGACCAUCCCAUGCUACCCAGUAGUGGUAGGUUUUUGACUUCAUCAGAUCCGUCUUUGAAUGCAAAACUGGAAAACCAAGGCUAAAAAAAACACACGGACCAAGGAUGGGACUAGGUAGAGUCCCCAUUAAUGAUCAAGUGCUUGUUAAAGUUGAAGUUAUUGCUGUGGAUGAGUUUUUAGUAUUUCCUACAUGUGUACAGGAGUAGAGAUUGAGUUAUUGGUCUGAAGACUAUGGCCCGUUUGGUU